AUGGAAAUGAGCAAUACUCAUUUUAUACUUGGUGAGCCCCGACACAAACUGGAUAAGUUCAUAGAAGCGAUGAUACAGUCGGUCUCGCCGAUGGCUGCCGCCGCCGCGCCGAGUCAGAUCGUUGCACUACAUCAGAUUCAAGCGUUGAUGGCGAUUCAAAUGCAACAAGGAAACUUAUUCCCUCAAUUAGAUGAUAUAUCGAAGUCUCCCACCCCCGAAAACGGUUCUCCAUCAGCGAAACGAAUGCGAUUGUCACCGAACACAAGUAAUCACAGUGAUGAGAGUUUCGCGUCAACGUCACAAGCAACGAGUGGAGAAGAAGGGAAAUCGCCGAAAAGUUCUGCUCUCACCCUUCCCCCGAUUGGAUACUCUGACUCCGCCCACUUCUCCACCAACCAGCUUCUUCGUCGUUCUCCCAUCAGCAGUACCCCCAGUGAAAAACCACCACCUUCUUCUUCAUUUUCCCUUCAAGCCAUCCCACCACCACUUCUACUAUUCUUUCUUCCCUGGGAAUCUUCGCAUCGGAUAUCCCACGACGAGCUUCCACUGCCGGGAAGACCCUCUUCAAGACUCGACUUUCACGCGCCACCCAUCCCUCGCGGUCCCAUCGUUGCUCGGAAGAGACUCGGGAUGGAUUAUCAUCAGUCCCCAUCAGUCGUAUCUUCCGAAGCUUCAGCUUCGACUGUUGCGGUAGCGGCUGCUGCCGCUACCGCUCCUAUCCAUCAGCAACAUCAUCCUCAUCAUCUAACAAUGAUGAUUGAUGAAAAACCAAGCAUAUCAGCGCUCUAUUGUGAUGAUGGUCUUCUAUCCAGAAGUCUGACUGAUAUGAUCUCAUCUGGAGGAUACGAUACUUCUUCAUCGGCACUCAGCGCGGCUGCUUCGAUGUGUUAUCCUACUGCUGAUUCAUACUACUAUCAUGCGCCACCACCACCACCUCCACCUCAACAACCACACGCUUUCGGUGGCGCUGAUGCUUCGUGGCUUCAAAUGCAAAUGCCGCCUACUUAUCAUAACUUAUGGCAAUACUGGUGUCUCUGCCAAUUCCCCUCUCCCGGGUCAUCUUCUCAGGUAUGGACAACCUACCUUCGGUAA